UUUACAGUGUCCUGUCAGCAGUUGCUCUUUGGGUUAACCUGUGGUUAUGGAGCUGCGCUUUUCUGAUGACCAAUUUCAGGGGGCCUGGAGUGAAUUGGACGAACCGGUGUUACCGGAACCAUGGCAGUUAUUCACUGAAACGAUGGGGAUAAAGAUUUACCGGCUAUACGAUGAGCAAUCUGGACUGUACGAGUAUAAAAUCUAUGGUGCUUUGGAGGACUGUUCUCCUGAGCUUUGCGCUGAUGUCUACAUGGAUUUAAAUUAUAGGAAACAGUGGGACCAGUACGUAAAAGCAUUACAGGAAGACACAAGUGGAGAGGAUAAGGUUAUCUACUGGGAAGUGAAAUAUCCAUUCCCUUUGUCCAACCGGGAUUAUGUGUAUGUCCGUGAAAGACGCAAUUUAGACAUUGAUGGAAGGAAGAUCUAUGUGAUAUUGGCGAAGAGCGUAACCGUUCCGCACUGCCCAGAGAAGUCUGGAAUCAUCCGCGUCAACAGUUACAAACAAAGCUUAGCCAUAGAGAGUAAUGGCAAAAAUGGGUGCAAAGUUUUCAUGUGCUACUUUGAUAAUCCUGGAGGAAUGAUUCCAUCGUGGCUCAUAAACUGGGCAGCCAAGAGUGGAGUACCAUCCUUUUUAACAGACAUGCAGAAGGCCUGCAACGGAUACGAAGCAUCCAGAAGGAAGGCAUCAAGUUGACAGAAGAGUAAAGACUUAUCUUCAUUAUAAAUGGUUUAAAUUUGAUCUGACUGCCAUUUUUAUGCAUGACCAGUGUUCUCCACAGAACAUUUUGCUAGCCGGGUGCCAUUAUGAAGUAGCCGGGUGGGGACAGUGUAAUAAUUUCUAAUAUUAUAUCAUGUACUGCUAUCAAAAGCACAAAUGAAUUGCAUAUUUUAACAUAAAUGUGUUUAGUGAUAGUUUGUGCAAUAAAAAUUUUACUUUUUUAAUAUAAGCUGAUGAUAGCUUAAAGGGACAGUAAACCUACAAAAUAAUCUUAUAUAAUUCUGCACAUAGUGUAGAAUUAUAUAACAUUAGGUUUGCACUAACUUUACAAAUCAAAGGAUUCCAGAUAUUUUACCAGACCAGAGCGGAAGCGAGCUACAUUCUGUUUAAUGGCGCGAUGUGACUAGACAGUGUGCCCGCAAAGCGCUUACGGAAAAAAAAGAUCUGCUCAAUAGAGCCAGGAGCGGAGUUCAGGAAAAUUGAAUUUACACCUGCUAAAAAUGUCCUGGGGAGAACACUACAUGACUAAAAGGAACAUAAUGAUCAAAUAAUUAAUUAAAUGCUUCAUAAUAGUAGAGCAGGUUUUUUUUCUGACUAAUCUCUCCUUGCACCAUGUAUGUAACCACUGCUAAAGUUUAAAACAAAUGCUGAAAAUUUGUGCGCUUAGUCUGUUGCCACCGCAAAGAAGGCAUAAGCUCAGAUGAACUUCUGAGGGUUAUUACUAUGGCAUGCUAGUGGCAGGCUAGCUAAAGUAUUAUGUAUUUCUACUGAGGCUUUACCCUUAGAGCAUGGAGUUUUUAGCCAAAAAAUAACCUGCUCUGGCAAAGUUUCUGACUAUUAAUUUCUUUUAAUGGGGCAUUACAGUGCAUGGGUUUUUUAAUGUAAUAAAAUGUAUGCAUUUAAAUAAAUGCAAUGUAAAUUUGAAAAUAUAUAAAUGAUCUUUAAGAAA